AGAGGAGUUAAGUCAAAAUGGAUUGGAUUGGGUCUCGGCACGAAUAGGGCAUCUUUGGAUAGAUGGACGAAAGCUGAUGAUCUCAAUAGAUAUGUAGAUGGAUGGAUGAAUGUGGAUGUGGAUGCAUGGAUAUUGAGCUGCAAGAUACGUAAAAAGCUGAGUGGAUGGAUGGAUAUUGAGCUGCAAGAUAGAUAA